AGCGCGACAAUCAAAUAAUAAUGGAGCAAGUUUGAAUCGGGCUGCUUUCUGUUACGAUAUGACAAUUGAUUACAGUGCCUACAACUGCGUUCGUAUUGGAUCUAUGAACUCGGUUUGCAAAUAUUGCAAGGCAUUGAAAUACAAAAAUGAAGCCAAUGGAUUGUGUUGCGCAAAUGGAAAAGUGAAAUUGAUUCCAUUACUUCCACCUCCUGAACCAUUGUACUCAUUGCUUUUAGGAAUAGGAUUCCAAACAGAUUCCAAACAAUUUUUAAACAAUAUAACAACUGAUUUCAAAUGACUUCAUUUGGAACAACAAAAUUAGUUCGGGAAAAUUUCUUGCCUACUUUUAAGAUACAAGGUCAAAUUUAUCACAAGGCAGGUUCACUGUUACCAGUGUCAGAUAGCGACUACAAAUUUUUGCAAAUUUAUUUUAUGGGAAAUUCUUCACAAGAAAUCAAUCUACGUUGUGCACAUAACAAUUUAGUGAAAAGAUCAAUAGUUGCACAAUUACAAAACUUAUUUCACGAACACAAUCAAUUGGUUAAAUUAUUUAAAAGUGCAAUAGAUAUGAUGCCAUCUGAUGAUCACAAAAUUGUUAUCAGAGCUGAUAAAACUCCUGUGGGCCAACAUGCAGGACGUUUUAAUGCUCCCACAAUUGAUGAAGUUGCCAUUAUUGUAGUUGGAGAAAAUUUAGAAUCACGUGAUAUUGUUUUACAUCGUCGAAAUAAUAAAUUACAACGUAUUAAGGAAACACAUCGCUCAUAUGAUGCUCUGCAAUAUCCCAUUAUAUUUUGGCAAGGUGAAGAUGGCUACGAUUUCUCAAUCAAGAUAAUAAAUCCAAUUACAGGUUUUGAAAUCAACAAAAAAUUUAGUUCAAUGAACUAUUAUUCAUACCGCCUAAUGGUCAGAGAAAAUGAAGACAAUCACAUAUUGAAAUGCCGGCGAUUAUGUCACAAAUAUGUUGUUGAUAUGUAUGUUAAGAUUGAGACUGAGAGAUUAACUUUCAUCAGGUUGAAUCAGACCAAACUUCGAUCUGAAGAGUAUAUUCACCUUCGAGAUGUAAUCAAUUCGGAUGGAAAUGCAGAAAAUGUUGGCAGGAUGACCAUUCUUCCUGCAACCUAUAUCGGUUGUCCUCGGCAUAUGCAUGAAUAUGCUCAAGACGCUAUGUCCUAUGUUCGUCAUUACGGCACAGCAGAUUUGUUCAUUACGUUUACAUGCAAUCCACAAUGGAUAGAAAUUAAACAUGCGUUAUUCCCUGGUCAAUCGCCCAUUGAUCGUCAUGACAUUACAGCAAGAGUCUUCAGACAAAAGUUGAAAUCUUUAAUGGAUUUCAUUGUGAAACAUUGUGUGUUUGGUGAGACACGCUGUUGGAUGUAUUCUGUAGAGUGGCAGAAACGUGGAUUGCCGCAUGCACACAAAUGCACGGACAUUAAUAUCGGAAACAAUUACAGGAAAUGAUGGUUAUCCACUAUAUCGUCGCCGAUCACUAGCAAACAAUGGAAGAUCAACAAUUGUCAAAAUUAACCAGCAAGAAAUUGAAAUAGAUAAUCGUUGGAUUGUUCCAUAUUCACCGAUCUUAUCCAAAACUUUUAAAGCACACAUCAAUGUUGAAUCUUGCCAUUCAGUCAAAUCUAUCAAGUACAUAUGUAAAUACGUAAUUAAAGGAAGUGAUAUGGCUGUGAUUGGAUUUGGUGCAGAGAAUUCAAAUGAUGAAGUAACACAAUACCAAAUGGGCCGAUAUGUUAGCAGCAAUGAAGCAUUUUGGCGAAUUUUUUCUUUUCCAAUUCAUGAAAGACACCCAACAGUUGUUCACUUAGCCGUGCACUUAGAAAAUAGACAAAGAGUAUUUUUCACUUCCCAGAAUGCAAUACAAAGAGCUCACCAGCCCCCAUCUACUACCUUAACCAGUUUUUUCGAGACGUGUCAAAAUGAUAAUUUUGCACAAACACUACUUUAUUCUGAAAUGGCGAUAUAUUAUACUUGGAAUCAGUCAUCAAAAAAGUUUAUGCGAAGAAAACAAGGAAAGCCAGUUCCAGGAUACCCAGGUAUAUAUUCAACCGAUGCAAUAGGUCGGAUUUAUUCCGUUCAUCCAAACAACGAUGAAUGUUUUUAUUUACGGCUGCUAUUGGUCAAUGUAAGGAGUCCAACAUCCUUUCAACAUUUACGAACAGUUAAUGGUGAAUUGUGUAGAUCUUACAGAGAAGCAUGUCAUCGUUUGCAAUUGCUAGAAAACGAUGCACAUUGGGAUCAAACCCUUAAUGAAGCUGUAAUUUCAUCACGAGCUCAUCAAAUGCGAACAUUAUUUUCCAUUAUCAUUUCAACAUGCUUCCCAUCAAAACCAAUUGAUUUGUGGUUAAAAUACAAAGAUAAUAUGUGUGACGAUAUUUUGUUUACAAUACGUAAUAGAACAGGGAAUCAGAAUUUACAAAUAGGUGAAGAAAUUUACAAUGAAGCGUUAAUUUCAAUUGAGGAUAUGUGCUUGAUGAUGUCAAACAAGCAAUUAUGUCAAUUAGGGAUGGCCGCGCCCUGUCGCCCAAUGCACGAUGCUUUUGAUCAAGAGAUACAACGUGAAAAAUUGUAUGAUCUAAAUACAUUGAAAGAAUCAAUUCAAAUAAAUCUUCCACUAUUGAACGAAAAACAAAAGUAUGUAUUUAAUACUCUUAUGAGAGUAAUACGUGAUGGAACCGGAGGGAUUUACUUCUUGGACGCUCCUGGUGGUACAGAAAAAACGUUUUUGAUUAGUUUGAUAUUGGCAACAAUUCGCUCAAAAAAUGAAAUUUCUCUUGGUCUGGCGUCGUCAGGUAUUGCAGCAACUUUGCUUGAAGGCGGUCGAACAGCCCAUUCAGCUCUAAAAUUGCCAUUGAAUAUGCAAAGCAACGAAACGCCAACCUGCAACAUUUCAAAAAAUUCUGCAAUGGCAAAUAAGGUGAAAUAAAGACAUAUAAAUCAGUUGAUACGGCAACUAAUGAAGAUGAUCUGGUGGAUAGCUGAAUUUUUAAAUGGCUCGAUUUGCAUGGAUUGCCGCCUCACAAUCUUCAAUUAAAAGUUGAAUCUGUAGUUAUAAUGUUGCGAAAUAUUAACCAACCACGACUUUGUAACGGCACACGAUUAGUGAUAAAAAAAUUAUUUAAUAACGUAAUAGAAGCAAUAAUAUUGAAAUGAAAGUAUAAAGGAGAGGACGUUUUGAUACCUCGCAUCCCAAUGAUUCCAACUGACGUACCAUUCGAGUUUAAACGACUACAGUUUCCAGUUCGGCUUGCUUUCGCUAUGGCUAUAAACAAAUCCCAGGGGCAGUCGUUAAGUGUUUGUGGUAUUAAUUUGGAAAACCCAUAUUUCUCGCAUGGUCAAUUGUAUGUUUACGCGACAGAUAAUCAAACAAAAAAUAUAAAGUACUACAAUAAUAAUAAAACUUAAUUUGCAACUACCUGAUUCGGUGAAUUUCGAACCGCCUAAGAGUUGAUUUUUUAAUUUUUUCAAUACAACUAAUUAUGAAAAAAGUAGUUUUGAGCAACAUUAGAGGUAAUUGACAAAAACUCCCAGGAAAAGUUAUACAGCCCGUUAGUACAUCUAUAGGAAAAUUUCCAUUUCCGAUAUCUAUGAAUUGUUUAGAGAACAUUACUCUAAAUUGAUCAUUUUGCAACAUGACACGUAUAUUCUCACAUAAAUGCAAUACCUUCACAUGUUUCCACAAAUUGGAUGAAUGCAUUAAUUUCAUCAGCUGGCGUUGAACGUGGAACCACCGGCAAUGUUUGCCGAAAAUCUCUGAUAAUAAAAUCAAUGCACCACUAAAUUUGUUUCGGUUGUUCCGUAGAUCUUUUAAGAUAGAUAUGUAGAUCUUCUAUAUAAAGCCUAUAAAAUAUUUUUAAGCGCUCGCGCAAACGAGUUUCAUACGCUGCAUAUUCAAUGGCAAUUUUAGAGAUGAAUGGGAUGUUCGACCGCCUUCUUUGCUAAAUUGAUACAAUAUUUUAGAAUAUUGAGUUUUCACUUAUUAACUACUUUGUACAGUAGUGGACAUCUUUUAGCCAAUAUGAUAAUGACGAUGAUAACUCUGUUGUAUUUAAUGUAGACACGAAUAUUGUAUUAAUUUUAAAUAGUUAGCAAUUGUAAUUUACGAAGUUAAUAACAUUAAAUGUUACAUAUCAUCAACAACUUUGUAAUUUACUCAUUUGUUACUUACUUUAAUAUAAGAUUAAAAAUAAAAAUAAAAAAUAAACAGUUUAUGUGCAUUUGCGAUUAAAAAAAUUUACAAAUACUUUUAUCAAUAAAUUUCAAAUUUACCGACUUUAACGUUUUAAUUUUUAUGUGUAAGAGUCUUUCACUAUAUUGAAAAAAUAAAGAAUUAAUUUAAAGUAUACUUUAGCCACAAA